AUGUAUGGUUUAAAAUUCACAGUAUCGGAGCAAGGCCCCCACGAGAAGCGGCUGUUGAACGCUUUGCUAGCAAACUACAACACGCUGGAACGACCAGUCGCGAAUGAGAGUGAACCGCUGGAAGUCAGGUUCGGCCUUACGCUGCAGCAGAUCAUUGAUGUGCUUAUAAAGCAAAGAAAAAAAAAUGCUCCAAUAUUUUUGCUCGCACGUGUAUUUGUGUUGACGGUGAUAUCUCUGAUUGUGUUGAUAAUAUGGCAGGAGUGGAAUGACUACAACCUGAGGUGGAACGACAGCGACUAUGGCGGGGUCAAGGACCUCAGGAUCACACCCAACAAGCUGUGGAAGCCGGACGUGCUUAUGUACAAUAGUGCUGACGAGGGUUUUGACGGGACAUACCAGACCAACGUGGUGGUCAGAAACAACGGCAGUUGCCUGUACGUGCCACCUGGCAUAUUCAAGAGCACAUGCAAGAUAGACAUCACGUGGUUUCCCUUCGACGACCAACACUGUGAUAUGAAGUUUGGUAGCUGGACAUAUGAUGGCAAUCAGUUGGAUCUGGUGCUAAAAGAUGAAGCUGGCGGAGAUCUAUCGGACUUCAUAACGAACGGGGAGUGGUAUUUAAUAGGAAUGCCAGGCAAGAAGAACACGAUAACAUACGCGUGCUGCCCAGAGCCUUAUGUAGAUGUCACGUUCACCAUCAUGAUCAGGAGACGGACGCUGUACUACUUCUUCAAUCUCAUCGUCCCCUGCGUCCUGAUCUCAUCCAUGGCACUCCUCGGCUUCACAUUACCGCCAGACUCCGGAGAGAAACUCACUCUUGGUGUUACAAUCCUCCUGUCGCAAACUGUUUUCUCUCUAUUGGUGGGGCACGUCAUCACAAAAACCUCUGAGGCGAUCCCCCUAAUAGGGACAUACUUCAACUGCAUCAUGUUCAUGGUAGCGUCGUCAGUGGUAUUGACAGUUGUGGUACUCAACUACCAUCACCGAACCGCAGAUAUACAUGAGAUGCCGCAGUGGAUCAAAUCAGUGUUCCUGCAAUGGUUACCAUGGAUUCUGCGGAUGUCGAGACCAGGGAAGAAAAUAACAAGAAAGACAAUUAUGAUGAAUACGAGGAUGAGGGAAUUGGAGCUUAAGGAGCGGUCAUCGAAGUCAUUACUGGCAAACGUACUUGAUAUAGAUGAUGACUUUAGGCACGCCCCUCCACCUCCAAACAGUACAGCAUCGACUGGGAAUUUAGGGCCAGGGUGCUCAAUAUUCCGCACGGAUUUCCGUCGGUCGUUCGUCCGUCCGUCCACUAUGGAAGAUGUGGGCGGCGGGCUGGCUAGCCACCACAGAGAGCUUCAUCUCAUCCUGAGGGAACUGCAGUUCAUCACUGCGAGGAUGAAGAAGGCAGACGAAGAAGCUGAGCUGAUCAGCGAUUGGAAGUUCGCUGCUAUGGUUGUUGAUAGGUCUGUGGAUAACGCAAUGGGCGGAAUGUCGAGCGAGGUUCAACGUACUGUGACGUAA